GAAAUUCAGGGCCUACAACGAAAACAUGCCAUCACUCAAACCUCGCAUCGAGUCCUCCUUUGUCAACGAAAGACCGACUUAGCUUGAUCUGCAACUCCCGACCACAGCUAUGCCCCAAAAUGACUAUGCAUCUUUCAAAAUGCAUCCUCCUCUUCAUUCAUUUGCUUUUACCAAAAAGCCCUUUCACCCCGCGUGACGUCGCUCGACUUAGUAUCGCGCACCUCGCCAUCCGUCUUGGUCAUCUCCCUCCCUCUACUGUCGCGUCCCACAAUCUGUCACGCUUCUCCGGGCGACCAUCAUUCGCAUUCAGUAACAAGACUGCAAUCGAUGUCCUUGCACCAGAUCUGCAUCACGUCUGGCACCACUAGAGUGAAUGGAUCAUGGGCGCUAGAUUGCUCGCUCGCAGUCUGCAAGGGUAUGUGAAUCACAUGUUGAGUAUCGGCUGGCUUGAGACACAGCUCGAUCGGAUGAUCGCUUUGGCUCCUGAAU